AAAUCUAUAAUUUGUUAAAUGGGAAGACAGAUACUUUCCUAUGUUAUCAUACUGUUGAAAAAUACAUAUAUAUUCAGUGUUUUAGAAGGGAGGAACAAUAAGUAGAUAUAAAUUAUUAUUUUAUCUCAAAUUUAAGGUACAUUAAAUUUUAUAAAUACCUUUCUGUUUUAAUUGUUGGCAUUAAUAUAAGAGGGGGAGAAAGAGUAGUUUGUUUUCCCUGAAUACAUUCCACUUGAAAGCAGGAAGGAGCAACACAGGAAAAUUCAGGAAGCUAUUUGAGAACCGUCUGUGUGAUAGUUGGAGGAACCCAACGCCCUUGCAUAGAAUAUAGUCAUUUUUUGCUGGGUUGGAUUAAUUGCAAGGAUAUCCCUGAAGAAAGCCCUUCUGUCAACAGAUACAGUUUGGUAAUGAUGUCUCUGGUCCUGACCCAAGAAAGGUUUGGCAAGGUGCAAGGAAUAGGGAUUUUUGUUUACAGAAUUGAGGGUUUGGAUUUAGAUUACAGCCUGAGUUUAGAAACUGUAGAGAAGUUACAUAAGGUGGUUCUGAGGAUUCCAUUCCUCUUAAUUGCUUAUAAUGUUUAAACAGGGAGCAGAGACCAUCUGUGAAAAGUCAGGAUAGGCAUGGUAAUAUGCCAUCAGAAGUAACCAGUAUAGUAGUCUGUUAGAGUGUGAUGUGGAUUGUACAGCGUCUUUAGCUGUCCAUUAUGGUGACGGAAUGUUUGGGGCAAGUUAAAGCUAUCAGGUAAUUUUAGCUGUUUUUCAUGGCAGUCUUUCUAAACUGUAUGAUAUACUUUCUCAGUUAAUAGAGUAUAUUGAUCAUAGUUUUUCAGUUUAUCAGUUACGUUGUGGAAUAGUUACAGUUUAUGGAAAAUUGAAAGGCUGCACAUCCUAGGUGAUACUCAGGAAAAUACAGUUGAGAAAACCAUUUACCUAUGUCUCACAUGUUUGUGAUAUGUCGUUACAACCUCUAGGACAUGGCUGCCUGUCUGCAAAAUUAACUAUUGAAUCAAAGAUUGAGGUAGUGUUUCCUUCAGUGGAUUUUCUUUGAGAAAUCACUUUGUAAUCAGUGUUCCUUGAUUUAUCGUCAGCAUUGAGAGUAUUUUCUCUGAACUUUCUGUCAUUAAUGUCACAGACAAUAUUCAUUUCUCGGUCAGUUGUAAGCCAUUCUUCUACUCCACUUCAACUGUUCAUUUUAAGUGAAGGAGGCGUAGCCUGUAACGGAUAAGCACCUGUUUUUGAACUAGUAAUAGGGUAUAUCUUACUCGAAAGCUUUUAAAUUCCUUUUCGUUAUAAAAAUUUUUUAAAAAGUAAGGCUAAACAGAAAUUUCUCUGAGUUUUCAUAACUGUUUGGCUUGAUCAGAGUUCCAAGCAUAUUGAAGACAAUGAAGCUCUGUUAGCACCUUCAUAGUGAAUCAUUGAAAAACAUUUUUUUCCUCAUUUUGAAUUGUGAACUCUGAAUAAUAUUUCUAUCUACAAAGCAGUCCAGAAAAACAAUAUAAGGUGUUCUUUUACUUCAAUUAAAAAAAAAAAAUUGAAACCAGAGAAAAAUCAUUUUGUUCAUCUCUGCGUAAUGUAUAUCCGCACCAAGUGGGCUGUCUGUCACAUGAGGAGAAACAGUGGCAGGCUGCAUGUUCAAGAUGGUUCCACAAGGUAGCAGGAAUUCAAAGGCAAGUAGGUGUCAUGGACCAGACAGGCGGGUUUAGCGAGUCAAUAGUGUUCAGUACCAGGUGGUUUGUGCAGGCGGUCCUUAGAGUUGCUGAGGGUACAGGCAAGUGGUGGGAUUGAGAAGAUAUAUUUCCCUCAAAUUUUUAAAAAAUAAAUAAAACAUUACAAAUAAAGUCCCUUAUGGUCCCUUUGGAAACCCUGGUGGCAUAGCGGUUAAGUGCUACGGCUGCUAACCAAAAGGUUGGCAGUUCGAAUCCCCCAGGCACUCCUUGGAAACUAUGGGGCAGUUCUACUCUGUCCUGUAGGGUCGCUAUGAGUCGGAAUUGACUUGAUGGCACUGGGUUUGGUUUUUGGUUAUGGUCCCCUUCGUAGUCCUGGUGGUGCAGUGGUUCAGACCUCAGCUGCUAACCAAAAGGUUGGCGGUUCGAAUCCACCAGCCGCGCCUUGGAAACACUGUGGGGCAGUUCUGCUCUGCCCUGUAGGGUUGCUGUAAGUUGGAAGUUAGAAUCUACUCAACAGCAAUGGGUUUGGUUUUUUGGUUUUUAUGGCCUCCCUCAGAGUCUCAGUCCUUUCCUAGAGGCAGUCCUUGUGAAUUUGGUGUGUAUGCAAUGUGACCCAAUAUUUCUGCUGUUUUGUUUAGAGCUCUUGUCUCCUUCAUUGGUAAUCUCUGUUUUUUGAUUUUAGCUUCCUCUCUUUGUUAUUGGGUUGUCUGUCACCUCUGUUCUUCAAUAGUCUCAUUUCUUUUCCUUUGCUUGUUGGUUUUAGAUUUGGGACGGCUCUGCUUGGUUUUUAUAGCUAUCACCAAUCAAUGAGAACUUGUCUUUUUUAAUAGAUAAAUCAGCCAAUCACCUUUUCUUUGAUUCCAGCUAUUUCUUCAUAGCCAGAGAUAGGUUUUAUUACUUUUAAUUUUGUGUGUAGAAAGUUCUGGAUGAUAGAAGGCACCAGACAUCCAGAAUACGGUUGGUACUGUAUCAGAAUUGCAGCUCUGCAAGUAAGUAUCAAAAUAUAAAAAUUAGCAGCCUGCAACUUUUUAAUGACCGAGCUUCUUAUAGGACACAUAUAAUAAAAGAAAUUAUAUAUAGCCCACUUUUAGAACUUUUUAUUGCCUACUCAGGCUUUUCUAAUGUGUCUCAAUCUAAAAAGAGAAAUAUCCUGAGAGAUUUCCUAAAUCCUGUACCCCCAGACAUAUAAUGGCAUUGACCCCUGCCAGUGGCCAUGACCCUUUGCUUAUAGAACGGGAGAAGAUGGGCUAGGGGUGGAAUAGAGCCCUUGGGAAGCAGCUCCCUUAGUGUUUGUUCUCACAUUUCCAUCAUCACUGUUCUGUUAGCUCUUAAAGUCCCUGCAAGCAGUUUCUCCUCCUGCUAUGGCUGUCUUCCAGUUGUGUUCUUUGUAAUGUAGCUACAUGGACAAGUGGGCUAGUAGAUUUUUUAAAAAACAUUAUUAAUCUUCGAUUAUAUCCAGCAAGAAUAAACUUAUUCUGGAAAUUUUUUCUACAGUGGGCAUUGCAUAUUUUAAAUUUUGGGGGUUGUCACGGGGAUUUUGAUGGGGAUGAUAUUAGUAUCUACUUGUAAUUAUAAACUUGUAGGACUAUAUGAACCAAAAGAGUAAGAAGAUAGCCUUUCAGAACUGUAAAGAAUCUUUAUUUUUGCAUUGGAUUUUUUGGAAGAAAGGAAAGCAGCCGUUCCAACUUAGUGGGACUUUUAUAAGCUUUGUUAGAAAGAAACUUGAUAUUACAUCGGGAAGGAAGACUGCCAUAGUUGGCUUUGCCCACUGCCGUAUUUGGCUUAGUGCUCUUACUUUCUUUAUGUAAUAAAUAUAUUCCUACAAAGUUUAAUAUGUAUCGAAUCACUUUAACUGUUUCCAUAUUAUGUCAAGGUGUGGUAGUGAGUCCUUUGUAAAGUGAGCCCUCUACUGUGAACCUUUGAAAUUUGAAAAGGAAGUUAUCAGACAAAUGCAAACAUACAGUGGAUUAAACUGAGUGUGUUUCUUAAGGAAACAUGAAGUAAAGGAGUAAUAAGAGUUUGUUUUUUUUUUUUAAGGUUAAUUACGAAAGAGUUCGUAUAGGUGACUUUUAAGCUGAAUUAAAAAAGAACAACAAAGGUAGGUGGGAGAAGUUAGUAGAGUUGGUGAGAAAGUUUGAAGAGGGUACAAAAGCGAUCAGAUCGGUUCCUCAGUACAACAGUCACCAUGCUGUAAUAGUCACCUGCUUUUACCUUGGCUCCACAUGAAGACAGGGUUAGUUGAGCGCUUCUCGAGGUCUCUUCCUGCCCCGUACGAGACUAGAAACUGGCCAUGGGUCUUCAUGUAGUUCCCAUGUUGCUGUGUCCUUAUCCUGGAAGAAAUGGUUGAAGGAGGGACAUCUCAGCAUUUGAGCAUUUGAGGGGACAGGGAAACUAGAAGUAUUAAACUCAAAGGGCUCUACCUCUUUCUAACUCUUGGUUUUCCUGCCCUAAAGCGGUAUAGCUCUUACGUCAGAGGGAAGGGGUCUGCCCUGUCGCAAACCAGCUGUGACGCUUGGCCCCUACCGAGUGUACCUUUGGGGAGGGCUUCCCUUGUCCCGCCUCUGUUUAUGGACUAGGGGACGCUUAGAUUUGUUUGUGUGCUGCUGAGGAUCUCCUCUUUCUUUCCCCUAAGCUAAGCUGUACAAAAGAAACACUAAUUAAUUGUUUUUAUAAAUUGCCUGCCAUUAAUGCUUGAUAAUAUGCAGUGAAAUAAGGAUUCUGCAUACCCUUAAAUGUCAAAUAUUACAAACUUUAAGAUUCCUAUAAAAUGAUAAUACUAAACUCAGUUCACUUCUGCUUAGCCUUCACAGUUGUUGAUCACAUAGCAUGGUCAUCCACUCACAGCUUAAAAAAUACAGGGAGCAUCGGAAAGAAUGGCCCUGGCUUUGCUGUUCUCCUACAUGAAGCUGUUUGACAAAGCUGGGUUCAAUGUAUCUAUGCCUGCCUACUUCAGUCCACAAGGGAGUGUCAGAAAGGCCCCGCAUUCGCCGAGCCCAGCAAAAGGGAGACACCUCAGCUGGAACAAAAUAGUGGAAGAAAUGGCGUCUGGGGUUCAGUGGGGACUCGCAGUGUGGGAUACUACUCGUCAGCGAAUCAAAUUCAGUGAUGACAGAGUGUGCAAGAGUCACCUUCUCAACUGUUGCCCCCAUGACGUCCUCUCUGGAACUAGAAUGGAUCUUGGAGAAUGUCUGAAAGUGCAUGACCUGGCUUUAAGAGCGGAUUAUGAAAUUGCGUCCAAAGAACAAGACUUCUUCUUCGAGCUUGAUGCCAUGGACCAUCUGCAGUCAUUUAUUGCGGAUUGUGAUAGAAGAACAGAAGUGGCCAAGAAAAGAUUAGCAGAAACUCAAGAAGAAAUUAGUGCUGAAGUCGCCGCAAAGGCAGAGCGUGUUCAUGAGUUAAAUGAAGAAAUUGGUAAAUUGUUAGCUAAGGUGGAACAACUGGGAGCUGAAGGCAAUGUGGAGGAAUCCCAGAAAGUGAUGGAUGAGGUGGAGAAAGCACGGGCGAAGAAGAGAGAAGCCGAGGAAGUUUAUCGGAAUUCUAUGCCAGCUUCCAGUUUCCAGCAGCAGAAACUUCGAGUCUGUGAAGUCUGCUCUGCCUACUUAGGUCUUCAUGAUAAUGACAGACGACUGGCUGAUCACUUUGGGGGUAAACUGCACCUGGGAUUUAUUGAAAUAAGAGAGAAGCUUGAAGAGCUAAAGAGAGUAGUAGCUGAGAAGCAGGAGAAGAGAAACCUGGAACGUCUGAAACGCAGAGAAGAGAGGGAGAGGGAAGAAAGGGAGAAGCUGAGGAGGUCCCGAUCACAUAGCAAGAAUCCCAAAAGAUCCAGGUCCAGAGAACACCGCAGACACCGGUCUCGUUCAAUGUCCCGGGAACGGAAGAGAAGAACUCGAUCUAAGUCUCGUGAGAAACGCCACCGCCACAGAUCCCGCUCCAGCAGCCGCAGCCGUAGCCGCAGCCACCAGCGAAGUCGGCAUAGUUCUAGAGAUAGGAGCAGGGAGCGCUCCAAGCGGAGAUCCUCAAAAGAAAGAUUCAGAGACCAAGACAUAGCAUCACGUGACAGAGACAGGAAUUCAAGAGACAGAUCACCUCGUGACAGAGAUCGGAAAGAUAAGAAUCGGUCCUAUGAGAGCGCUAAUGGCAGAUCAGAAGACAGGAGGAGCUCUGAAGAGCGCGAAGCAGGGGAGAUAUAGUAGCGGAGUGCCUGGCCUCAGUCCUUAAGCUUCCUCUGAGUUACCUACUAUUGUUUAGUUUACAGCAGUUCAGGGCAUACAUCGAGCAGCCCAGACACCGACCCAGCUAGGCCAGACGGACCGGGUCUGACUCCAUGGGAACGGAACCGGCUUUCCUUGAUGGAGCCGAAAACGACAUCCAUAGUUUCUGGUGACCCUGUAAUACGAUUCUGAAAGGAUUCUCUGUUCACAGUUUUCUAUAAUAAGACGCCGAUCUCUGAUUUCUUCUUUCUAGUAGGAGUGAUAGUGAAUGAAUUGUUACCUGCCUUGGGCUUUUUUUGAACGUUUGUAAGAUGCUGUCUUCCUUUCUGGUCCAAACAGCAGCCGCUUUGGGAUUUUUUCCUUUUAAUUCUUCCUGACUUUUGUAUUCUCUAAUACCUCCGCCCUCCACUUGUGAGAGAAAAGGGGCAGGGAAGCAAUAUAACUUGUGCUCUAAGGUUCUCUUCCCAUUAUGAAUUACUAGCUGAUUACAGUUCAAGCAUUUAUACUGGAAUGUGUGCUGGAGAAAUUGAAAAUGUUGGAUUUUGUUUUCUUUUGUGUUUAACAGUGCCUAUUUAGAGCUGGAAGUUGAACAGCUGUUGCAUUACAUACUUUUGCUUUUUUAUUGAAAUUUUGAAAUCAAAUAUGUCUUGAUUUUCUGUUGUAUGGAAUUGCUAUAUGUUCAGGGUGUUCUGAGGGGGGAGGGGGCAGGGACUCUUUCGUAAGCACUUGUUUUAUUUUGCGUGUGGAGUAUAAAGGCUACACCCUUAUUGUAAAAAGUAAUAAUAAAUUGAAAGAAACAAUCACCACCACCAUCAUUAAACUGUAACUUGUCUA